UAUUUUUAGAAGACAGCAUUAUUUAGUUUUCAGACUCACUGAUUUUACAAGGUGCACCGCUUUGAUGUAAUGUGAUUGGUAAUUACAUUGUCUUAUUACAGUUAUAGGGUUCGGAUGUAAUGGCAGCAGGAGUAACGUUACAGGGCAGGUUGUCCAGUUAAUGAACAUUCGGCUGCAGGAGCGUUGGAAAAAUAGACACCAUCUGAUAUACCUUCUCUUACAAUGUCAGAGAUUGAGGACUGUCUAAGGCGCUUUCAGGCGGCUGUCGACGUCAUUCAAAGCCUACCCAAAAAUGGUUCCUACAGGCCCUCUUAUGAAGUGAUGCUGCGGUUUUAUGGUCUGUACAAACAGGCGGUCUGUGGCCCAUGUACAGCGUCACGCCCAGGAUUCUGGGACCCUGUUGGCCGUUACAAAUGGGAUGCUUGGAAUCGGUUUGGAGACAUGAGUCGGGAGAGUGCCAUGUCUGCUUAUGUGGAUGAAAUUAAGAAAGUUGCACAAGAGGUUAUAGACACCAUGCAAAUCAAUGAGAAGACUGCAUCCUUUUUCCAUUUUUUUGAACCUCUCUAUCAUGUCAUCCAUGAUAUGCCCAGACCUCCAGAGGCACUUUUAUCUCUCAGAUCAGAUGGAAAUGCCAGAGAGCCAACUUAUGGUUGGGGUGAUCAUGAAGUGGAGAGGGCAACUCAAGAACCAGCUCUUCAACAGGAGUACACAGAGAUGGUUCCUGAAAGUCAACUUCAAUCUGAUAGUGCAGAGGCACAUGUGUCUGAGGUUCAGGGGCUGGCUAGUGACUCAGAGAGUGAAAUCUUCUGUGACUCAUUGGAACAGCUGGACACUGUUAAGGUGCAUCAUCACAGCCCUCUCUCUCAGGUGAUUCAGAUCGGUGCUGGACAUGGUGGUGAGGGGGCAGAAGAUAGACAUGGUCCUCCCAUUAGGAGGAGAACCACAGGGAGAGAGGGGAUGCAGCAGGGUUGGAGGAACCCCUCAGGUUAUAUGGCUGGGUGGGCAGAGCGGCUUUCCUCAGGGGCUGGUUCAGGGCAAGGGGGCAGAGACGAUUCUGAGGGUGGUCCUGACGGGCUACUGAACAGCCAGGUGCAGCAGCAGAUUAUUCUAGCCGUAUGGCAACUCAGGGAGGACAUGCAGAGUGUCAUGGAACGACUAGAGGUGGUUGAAGGUCUUGCAACUGCAAAUGCUCAACGUUCACACCGGAGAUCCUAUUUACAAAUGACAGCUGCAGAGACUGAGGAGAAAUGGUGGCCAUUUGACAUCUCUAGACGUACAUUGCUGCUGUUGUUAGUGUGGCCUUUUGUGACUCAGGCACUGUUGUUUCUGCUGAGACGGAGGAAAAUAAAAGAUUAAUAUGUGCUUAUGAAUUUACUGUACUGAGUUCAAAUGAAAGUAAAUGUCACAAUGAUAACUAAUUAAUUGUGACCUAGCGUUCGCUGCUUCAAGUGUAGCACUUUGUUAUCAUGAUGUGAAGAGAGUAAAUGUUCUAAUCUCA